UGUGAGUCUUAAUCGGGAGAUAUUCUUCACGUGUUGAGUUUGGACGAUGCGGGUGGUCAACGGUGCCAACAUGCUAGCGCUCCGACGCGUAGGGACAUGCUCCGUGCUACUAGUAUCUUUACUGAUUCAUGGCAUCGUGUCGGACACUGCAGGUAGUACGGACAAUGCCACCGUCCUGGAUGUCCACACAUCUGACGCAUGUAGUCCUGUCAGUACUGCGUUCAGGUUGGAGAAUGGAAGCAGAUAUCCCAGCUGCAGUGAUGUGAACGAGGUAGCAAGUAGUCUUGGUGGUCACUUCGUCGCAGCGCUUCUAGACGGUAGCUCAGUCCUGAACAUGAGUGACGGAGAAAUUUCAAAUUUGCCGCUGAGCGUGUGCACGGAACCAUGCAUGAAUCCGAACGCUACGAACACAUCAUCUCUUGACAACGCAGACAUUCCUAGGGAAGAAGAGAUAUACUUCCUCAUAGGAUGUGGGUAUGCCGCAGAACACAUCCAAGUCGACGAGUCAGCAACACGUUUACAGAGCGUGAUAUAUCAGCUCAGCAACUCGACAGCAUCUUCGGCGCUGGAAGACUGGCUAUUUGGCCACCAAGGCGCCUGGAUGAAGGUCUGGCUCUGUGCAAACGACACCACGCCAAAGGACAUAACAGACCCAAAGGUUGUCCACAACACGGAACGUGAGCUGGCAGUGGCACGAGCAUGUCUGUCAGUGGCGUUGACUCUUCUUACUCUCUGCCUGGCGUUUCACAUCGCCUUUCCAGAACUUCGACGGGAUGCCAGCGGUGUGAUCUUCGUGCACCAGUGUGCGGCUUUGUGGAUCGUUAUCAUCAGUGACCUGGCGCAUUUCAUAGUCGGAAACGACAGGACCCUCUUGUCGUGCAUCUUCAUCAACAUCCUCUUGGUCUUCUUCAUGAACUCGGUGUUCUUUCUAGCAGCAGCUCAGGCUUUUCAACUGCACAGACACAUCUGUCACGGCCACAAGCCACCCAUCAGUCAUUAUGUUCGCAAAGCAACGUUAGCCGCCUACGGCAUUUCUGGAUCGAUAGUCCUGACUAUUCGCCUUGUAGCGGGAUUCGACCUGGGCACACCGGACAAUCCGAAGAGCGCAAUGCCGACAAAGUGCCAGCGAGAGCAACAACUGCGAGAUAUCCUGAGCGCCUCUCUCCCGUUUCUAGUUGCAAUGGCGAUUUCUGGUUUUCUCUUCGCACGGAUCAUGUAUACAGCCAGGACGCAGACUGCAAGGAAUGAGCCAGCCAAAGACGUUGGCGCUCUGCAUUAUCUGCAGCAGGCGCGUGUCGCGGGAUCGAUGUUCGUCCUUGUCGGCCUGGCGUGGCUCGUAGGUUCUGUGAUGUUAUUUAUCUCAGUAGCUGAGGCAAACCUGGUGUUCAUGGUGCUCAUCUCGAUAAUGGGAGUGGCAACGUUUCUGCUCAAGAUUCCGCUCGAUACAGCCUUUCGUUCAGCACUGCGCAGACGAUAUGCAAGAUGGCAUAUGACCAAUGUCUCCAUUCUGGAUCGAAGACCGUCGGCAUUAUCCUCAGCGCCAUGGAAUAACAGUGCCCGGACAAGUGUGUCUGCAGACGUAUAAAUUUGUGUAAUUGAACUAAGUAUCGCUGAAGCCAAGACCUCAGGUUGGAUGUGAUAUUCCAGUUUGACCAGCACAGUUCCAGCUCCACCCGUCUAGUCCAGGUAGUAAUAUAUUCACUCCCACCCAUAAACUGUUCUACAUGACUCUUUAAAUAAUGUUCCCUUGUCCCAAAUAGAAUACUUCAAAAUAGUAUUGAACUAUCAUUUCCGAUCAAUCUUAUCCAUGCCUUUAUACAGGGAUUGGCCCCCUUUGGAAUUUCCCUCCCGCCUCUUCUACAUAUUAUGUACAUGCAUUUCUGAUUUCCAAUAAUUAAAUUCUAAGUGCGAGAUCUAUCAUUCCACAUAAAUGCAUUGCUGAAUUUCUUUGCUAAGGUGUCACCAGACUCUUACUGUGCACUGUAUCCAUUCGCCUCUGAGGCCAUUAUCUGCUAUCGACUAAACAAUAGUUACAUGUAUUUUCGUUAUGAAAACCUCGAGAGGCUCUUGCUUUUAGGUUUGUCCUUAAAAUAUACCUGCAUGACGUGCACGCACUAAGUGAGUUCCAGUGUGAGCGGAGAAACUCAACUUCGCCAGUUCGUGCACGCAGCAUACCGGCAGUGGCCGCAGGACUGGUACGACAUGUACAUGUCCAUGAACGUGCUGUAAUCCUUCGAUCUUCCAC